AUGGUCAGUGUUCGCUUUGAUAAAUGGGAUCGAUCAAAUCAGACCUUUUGGGUUGUCAAUGCCCCGGUAUUCUCAGCUGUUGAAAAACUUUUAAAGAAGGACAGAGAGCGAAUCAGAAACUUCCCGCGAUUACGCUGGAGUGCAGAUAUGCGUCAGAUUCCAUGCAUUGUAUUUUGUCAUGCCGAUUCUCCAUAUCGUGCACUUCAUCGCGGCGUUCCCGUUAAGUAUGAUAUCCGCAUGCACAGAUGUUCAAUUUUCCUGGUGGACUUCGGUUGGUUCCAGUGGGUUUCAUGCAAUAACAUCAUUGAUAUUUCUUCCAUGAGCAAGGAUGUUGAGCGCGGAGCGCCGUUCCAGAUGAUGGUAACAAGUUAUGCAGUGAGGGAUGUCUAUCCCGUGCAUCUGCUUGGUGCUUCGAAGAAUAUCACAAAUGGACAGAACUGUGGCUGGCAACCAGGUGUGAACACCACGAAUAGAGGUUACUGCUGGUCCACUGUACCGACACUUUCAUAUGAAGGACCGAAGAAGAAUCAAAACCUCAUCCAUAUUCGCAUUCUAUAA